AUGAGCCCUUCCGGGCUGCCGCCCUCGACCGACGACACCACCAGCGCCAGCACCACCACGACCACGGCGACUGCUCCUCCUGCUACUGUGACUGCUGCUACUUCCCCUCCCUCCACUCCGACCACCGUCGUUCAAUCUCAAUCUCUCCCUCGACCGCCCUCCUCCACCGGUUCCUAUCCCUCCCCCAUCCCCUCCCCUGUUCCAGACCGUCGUCCUGCCCGCGGUCACGAGGGAGUAUUCGUCCAUCCCGCCUCCUUUCUCCGGCCGCGAGGUCUAUCACACCCAAUGCCACCCGCUCAGCCCGAAAGGGCGAUCGACCGGGAAGAGCGUCGCGCCUUACGCGCCAUUCGCAACUUCCUCAAAGUCCGUACCAGCUAUGAUGUCCUUCCGCUUAGUUUUCGACUGAUCAUCUUCGAUACCUCUCUCCGACAUGCGGUGCGCAAUACAGGCAUUGUUUCGGCGCCAUUAUGGGAUUCCAAGUCCUCAACCUUUGCAGGUCUCUUGACCACAUCCGAUUACAUCAACGUAAUCCAGUACUACUUCCAAAACCCCGCAGCCUUGAACCAAAUCGAUCAAUUCCGGCUGGAUAGUCUCCGAGAGGUGGAAAAGGCACUGGGCGUCGCUCCUCCCGAAACGAUAUCCAUUGACCCGGAGCGGCCGCUCUACGAGGCCUGUCGGCGCAUGCUCGAGUCUCGAGCCAGAAGGAUCCCUUUGGUCACGCACGACAGCCAAACAGACCGCGCCCUCGUUCUGAGUGUUGUCACCCAAUACCGCAUUUUGAAGUUCGUUGCCGUCAACGUCAGCGAUACCCAGAAGCUUCGGAAACCCUUGGGCGAACUCCUGUUGGGCUCAUAUCACAACAUCGCAACCGCAUCGAUGGAUACCCCUGUCAUUGAUGUCAUCCACAUCCUGGUGGAGCGAAGCAUAUCAAGCGUCCCUAUCCUAAAUUCGGAAGGUGUUGUGUACAACGUCUUCGAGGCUGUUGACGUGAUCACUCUAAUCAAGGGGGGCGUAUAUGACGACUUGAGUCUCACAGUAGGCGAGGCAUUGAAGAAGCGGUCUCCGGACUUCCCCGGUAUCUAUACAUGCUCUUUGAACGAUGGUCUGGAUACCAUCUUCGACACGAUUCGCAAAUCUCGUGUGCACCGCCUGGUUGUUGUGGAUGAGAACUUCCGACUAAAGGGUGUCCUAACGUUGAGUGACAUCCUGCAGUACAUUCUCCUGGAAGGCGAGACUGAUGAGUUAUCAUGA